AAGCCAUCAGACCUGUUUGCACGUGACCCUCAUGUGUUCACAAACACACCUGCCUGAUGUGUUUGCGCGAGACAAACCUUAGAAGGGCCAGUGAGCGCAGAGUGACGUCACGUGGGCUGAAGAAGCAGCAGCAGUGACACACACACACACACACACCGUGGGCCUGAUGAGGAUGAAGACGUUUCUUCUUCUUCUUCGUGAGAUCAAUCGGCAGCAGAGCAGAUAAUCUGGAAACAUGGAGGGAGGACAUUUCGGUUACCCUCGCGACUACCUCGACCGCUUCAUCCAGAGCCAGGAUUCGUCCGUGGUCAACAAGUUCCAGCAGAAAUUCUGGAAAACCAAGCAGACGCUGAUCCGAGUCACCGGGAAGAAAGAGGACGAACAUGUGGUGGCGUCCGACGCAGAUCUGGACGCCAAACUGGAGGUUUUUCACUCCGUCCAGAGAAGCUGCAUGGAGCUGCUGAAGGUCAUAGAGCAGUACCAGAGGAGGAUCUGCUUUCUGUCUCAGGAGGAGAACGAGCUGGGUCGGUUCCUCCGCUCUCAGGGUUCUGAGGAUAAAACCAGGGCAGGGAAGAUCAUGCAGGCCACAGGGAAAGCUCUGUGCUUCUCCUCCCAGCAGAGAUUAGCUCUGAGGAAACCUCUGUGCCGCUUGUACCAGGAGGUGGAGACGUUCCGCUACCGCGCCAUUUCUGACACGUGGCUGACGGUGAAUCGUAUGGAGCAGUCGAGGACCGAGUACAGAGGAGCGCUGCUGUGGAUGAAGGACGCGUCUCACGAGCUCGACCCCGACACGCACAAGCACAUGGAGAAGUUCCGCAAGGUUCAGGCUCAGGUGCGAACGACCAAAAUGAGCUUCGACAAACUGAAGAACGACGUUUGUCAGAAGGUGGAUCUGCUCGGGGCGAGUCGCUGCAACCUCCUGUCGCACGUUUUAACCACGUACCAGACGACUCUUUUACACUUCUGGGAGAAAACGUCUCACAUGAUGGCGGCGAUUCACGAGAGCUUCAGAGGCUGUCAGCACUACGACUUCUCCACCCUGAAGGAGCCGACGGACAAACUGCUCAAAAAGAGAGGGAAGAAGAAAAGACGAGAAGAAGACGAUGAUGGAAAGAAAGACGAGAGCAGAGAAGAACAACUCAUCUCACUGGAGAGAGAAAACAGCAGCGAUGACAUCAGAGAAGACGUGGACAGAGAGCAGGACAGCAUGACUUUACUCAACCAGAUCCUGGGCAGCGCCGCCGUGGACGAGGGAGACUUUUCCCGAGAGUGGACCGAGGUGUUUGGAGACGCAGAGGACGAGACGAGUGCGUCGUCAGGACGACCGGCCGAGACGCAACAGACACUAAGCUCCUCCUUCUUUCUACCGUCUCAGCUUCUGGACCAGAACCUGGACCACCUGACCUCCUCUGUCUCAGGUCAGGACAAGAACCUGGACUGGGCCAACGUCGCUCCACAACCAGGAGCCCAGACGACAGACGUGUCACCUGGUGCCGGUCAGAACCCGUCUCAGCCGACAGGGAAAGACAAAGUGGGGACGUCCAGAGACCUGUCAGCGUGGUUCAACCUGUUUGCAGACCUGGACCCGCUCUCUAACCCCGACGCUGUCGGAAAAACCGACUCCGCGCACGAACUCCACACUGCAUAGAUCUGUCUGUCUGUCUGUCUGU